AUGGACGAGGGAGGCAACAGCAGUGGGGAUGACUUGGCUGUGGGUUGCAUCCUCGCCAUUAAGACGACGCUGGGGGAGGAGUUUGAGGGGCAGGUGGUCACCUUCGAUCGCCCCUCCAACAUCCUCGUCAUCCAGGAGGGUGCCUCCAAGGCCGGCCCUACCCACAACGUCCGCCUCCUCAAGGCCAACUACAUCAAGGAGUUUUCCCUCAUCGGCCGGGCCGAGGAUCCUCUCGAUCUCACCAAGUGCUACCUGGAUCUCGCCGCCGUCCAAGCUCGGGAGGAUGCGACCAUACGGUGCGCGCGUUUCCCCCUUGAAGAGUUCGUUAUCUUUCUUCCUUCCUUUAUUACCCUACAUGAAGGUGUGAUUAUCACCUUUGCCGAGCAAGCCGUGCGUUGUUAUCUUAUUUAAUUUUCAUAAUUUAUUUUGAUACCUUUAUUACUAUUUGAAUUGGUAAGUCCGCUUUUCAGUCAGGCAGAGAUUGAGGCCGAGAGAAUUGGAGUAGGGGUCACUGCGGAGGCUCAGAAUAUCUUCGACGCAUUGUGUAAGACGUAAGUAAAUGUCUUCUUGACAUUUUUUUUACAGUCUCCUUCCACUUCUGCUUCAACUGAAGAAAACCGGUUAGCGACUGCUCUUUGGCAGAUGUUUUCCCCUGUCGUGGAAUCACGGAGCAUUCCUUCAGUUUUAUUUCCUUGUCAUGGCAAUUGCAAUAUUUCAAGGUUUUUUAUUUUUGUGACACGGUAUUACCUGUUUAUUAGGCUGGCGACUGUUUAGUAGAAAAUUACCAGGAAGUCAACAUUAUUGGAGUGGGCUUUACAGUGUGGUUGACGAUCGAAUGAUGAAAACGAAUUCCAUGUCCUUCGGAGAGCUGUUAUAAUCUCAGUUUCGCAUAUCGGAUUAACUGGGUCAUUAUAAAAGAGCCGGCUUUUCGCUCUAUUGGAGUGUAGUUCUUGAGGAUUUGCAUUCCGGUGAAAAGGCUCAAGCAUUAGAUUAGUUCAUUCAAUGUUUUUGAAUCCUUCAGUUUUGGGUGGUUAAUAAGUAUGUCUUUGUUCUCUCAGAUGGAAGAAAACAAUGAAUUUCUCGUCACAGUCGUUUUUGAAUAUUCUUGGGGCAAGGUCUGUAGAUAAAUGGGGAAAUAUUGAUCAGUAAAGCAGCCAUGUCUGAUUAAUUAUUUAUGUUUAUGCAUGCAGAACUAAUAUGUCUGACCAGAUGACUGAUAGGAAUUUUCCCUGGUUCGACUUUUACAUCUGAUUGAUAAGUUUGGUGAAUACAAUGUAGAAAUAUAUCCCAUAUUCCGUCUUCAGAGAUGUUCAUUAUAUUGGCGGAUAUUAAAAAUGGUUUUCUUGUGGAGAUCAUCUCUGGUGACUUUGAAAUGUCUAUCUGUAGUCAUCUGCAAACUGAAGGAACAAAUUCAUGCCUCCCCCAUUCAACCAGACCUUAUCCAACUAGGUAUCAACUUGAGCUUUCCUCUGUAAUCUGCUCAGAACAUCUGCAUCUAAAAUAAAGAGGAAGAAUGAAAGGGGUCACAAAUAUUUUUUUCUCGAACUGUUGUAUGGAUUAAGGGAAUAUAGGAGCUGGAUGGCGUUGGGCUCCUAGACUGCUGAAGGAUUCUCAUUACUACUCAGAGAAAUCUUAUGAAUCAAAUUCCCCUUUCUUGACUCUUAGGACACCCGGACUUCAUUGCAAUAAAGGUGAGGGAUAAAAAAAUCUAGAAUUGGGAGGAUCAAAGUUGUAAAAGAAGAAAGGAUCCAUGUACUUGCGAUUCUGACUAUCUGGCCAGCAGAGUGGGUUUUGUAAUGGAGAAGCUGAGCAUGAUACACCCAGUCAUGGUCGGGUUUGGGGUGUUCGGGGAAGAGACUGGAAUUGAAAUGUCGGAUAUGGUGGAUCUUGUUGAAACUAUACAACUCUCUGACAUCCUAUGGAAAGCUGGUGUAAUUUUAGUAAUUUUUUUCCCAUAAAUUCCUAGGAAAUUAAGUGAUCAUUAAUAUUACAACACUGAUCAAAUCCCGUGGCACCCAAACUAAAACGAUAGAAGACUUUGGAGCGAAUAGUGCCCUUGGAAAUAAACUCUCUGAUGCAGCUUGGUGGGCGUCAUAGCAUCUUUUAGAAAUUGAAGUAUUCAAGAAUCUAGUUAAACAUUGUGGGUGAGGCAAAGCCUAGAACAUUGCAUUGUUCAAUCAAUUGAAGGUCUACCCAUAGAGAUCAAUUGCAAUUCGUAAGAUGCAAGUAGAAGGAACAUUCGGAUGAGGAAAGGAAGGAUACUGGGCUAAGUAAACUGAAUAGCGAACUUAUUGGGUGCUAAAUGAUGUUUUGUGUAAGGAAAGUUAGUGCUUUUUUCGGACGUCACUAAGAAGUAGUGGAAUAUGGAAGGUGAAGGGCAAUGAGUUUCCUCAGAAGUUCUUCCCUGAUCUCAGUUAGGAUGGGUACAUUGAAUAUGGAGAAUGAUGGUGACGGCCUAAAAGACGCAGAUAAGUUGAAACGGGAAGAUCGUACUGAGUUCAAUGCUGUUGAGGGCAAUGCAUUAUUGGAAACUAAUGCUACUUAGCCUUCUGAUGCAUCCAUUUUUUGUCUAAUGAUGGGUUUCACCCCAGAUUAAAACUCAUCACAUAGUAAGCAAUGGGGAGAACAGACCGAAGGUAAAACAGGUAGUACCCUCAGUUUAUUCCUAUCAGAGGGGAAGAUUGAGAAGGGGAGCAGGCAACACUAGGAAAGUUGGAGGAGGCAGAAUAAGUAAAUGCAGAUCUUUUGCUGAUUCCUCAUAAGUGAGACACCAGGGCCCAGGAGAAUGGAUGGAACUUCUCCACGUUGUGAGAUCAUGGGGAAACUAUCUAGUGACUGGAAUGCCUACAAUCUAGAAAUAUAUCACGGGGUCUACAAUUUUUGAAGGAAAUGACCAAUGUUCUUCCAUUGGUGGUGUUGAUACCUAUGGACAUACUGUUCAACACUUCAUGCCAGGGGGAAAUGUAAAAAUAAAAAAUGAGUUACGAGGUUAGGACAGCAUGGAAGAAACUUUAUAAGAUACCCGUGAUUUGUUGAAUGUGAAGUGUUCAUAAUCAAAUGACAGCUUGGAGUCAGUUUCUAGGGCUUGGUUUUGUCUACUCUGAGUGUUUGAGUCUCUUUUUUUGAAACUAUAUCUAAAUGUACUGGCAAUUUCGGAAAAUUACAAUAAUUUUAUUUUGAUCUUAAAAGGAUAUUUUUUUGGAAGAUUAUCAUUGGUAGAUUUUUUUGCCAAUACCUUUCAAUUAAGAACAACAAAAUUGCCUUAUCAUUCCUAGUUGCCUCUAUGAUGGUUUAGUUUUGUUCUUUUCAUCUCCUACACUAUCUCUUACCCCUCAUCAGAAGCAUAUUAUUGGUUGUAUGUCUCGGUAGUAUAGCUAUUUCUAUCUUAUACCAACUCUUUAUAAGAUGAUGCAAUUUUGCAUUGAAAGGUGACUUAGAUUGUUUGUUGGAGUCUUUCAAAGAUGUAUAAGAUAAGGCAGCAUUUAUAAAUCCAUUUUUGCUGCAUUUUAGGCCAUGCAACUAGGUAGCGAUCUUCAAUUCUUUAUUUCCUUCUUCAUGAAAAGUGAACCUUCAAAAACCGAGGAGAGCUAAAUUUGACGUGGGAAUAUUGAAAAUAUCCGCUAUCACAUUUUGUCAUCAUUUUUUCAGCAAAAAUGUUGCGCGAUUUGGAGAAUAUCCGAUAGCUAAAGCGUCUCAACUUAAUAUCCAGAAUUAUUUGUUGUCUACUAUGAAUGAUAUGAUAUAAUUCAUAGUACGAUCACAUAUCUGAUUGAUCUACCCCUUGGAUCAGUUUUGACUCAUCCCAACGGAAAUGGCACUGUCUUCUUUAAUUGGUCUUAGAUUUUGGACCUACUGAUUCAAGCAAGUAUGCAUGAAUCAAGGGAAACAUGUAAUUUCCUCUGUAAUCAUCAUUACCCAUCUUAUGCUGGCCAAGAAAUCCGUUCGAACAGAUAUGAUAUUGUUACCAUCCAGGAAGUGUCCGGUGAUAACUAAUUAGGCUUGCAAAAACUUCGAACUUAUAUAUAAUAUUACAGCUGCUUAUCGAUUAUUUUUGGGCUCAGAUGAAUGAACCAUUUUCGUUGAUUCAUCAAUAAUCAUCUGCUUUUUGUGCUAUUUUUUUUUCUCUGCUCAUUUCCCAUGUAAAUAUUUUAUAUCCCAUUUUUUUCCUUAUCUUAUCAGGCUUCCAAUUCGCUGGGACAAAACCGACAUAAUUGUGAUGAAUGAAGUGCGCGUCAGCAGCCCAUAUCUCCCAGAAAAUGUUGUCGGGGGAACUCCAGCUGCCAAUGACAGGGUCAAAAAAGUGGUGAGAUUUCAUUUCAUCGAUUUGUAAAAAAAUCAUGGAUUCGAAAUCGCAUGAUAAUUUUUUACCAUUUUCUGCAUUAGCUUGAACUUGAGAGGAGGAGGUUGCGGGCUUGA